UUUUGCAAAUUGUGGCUAUUUGGAGGGAGGUGAGACAGUGGACAUCUCAUUGUAACCCCCAGCCCUGAGAACUCUGUGUCCCCCUGACCUUGACAGAGGAUCUGAACUGGGCAGCUCAGCCCUGGAGCAGGGAAACACGGUCUAAAAUGCCCCCUUUUUCUUGACCUAGGGGCAGAUUUGGGCAUGCUGGCGGCCCCUGUGCAGCGGGCUCCCCCACCCUGCCUCAACCCUAGCUCUCCCCUAUUUUCCAGCCCCAUCCUGGGGCCUGAGCCCCCGCCCCCUCCAUCCCUUUUGGUUUCUUCCCUCCUCUCUCUCUCCCCGUCUCUCCCUCUCUCUCUCUCUCUCCCCCCACACUUUUCCUCCCUCUCCCGCUCUGUCUCACACGCACCCUCUGUUUAUUUUCCUGCCUCCAUCUGGGCCCUGCUGAUAUUGUAAUCACCCCGAUGCACGUUGGCUUCUCUCCUCUGCCUCCUGCGCUCACACACUCACUCACACACAAUGUGCCAUCCUGACAAGCCUUUUACUUCUGAUAAGCUCCGAUGUGUGUUUAAUGAAUACAAAGCCGCGGUCUGGGUGCCGCCUCGGCCGCGGCCGCUCUCCCGCGCUCCUUUGCCAGAAGAUCGUACUGAGAAGCAUUCCACAAUGCCAGACUCACCUGUGGAUGUGAAGACGCAAUCCAGGCUGACUCCCCCAACCAUGCCGCCGCCGCCAACCACUCAAGGAGCUCCAAGAACCAGCUCAUUUACACCGACGACAUUAACCAAUGGCACAAGCCAUUCGCCCACAGCCUUGAAUGGCGCCCCCUCGCCGCCCAAUGGCUUUAGCAACGGGCCUUCCUCUUCUUCCUCCUCCUCUCUGGCUAAUCAACAGCUGCCCCCAGCCUGUGGCGCCAGGCAACUCAGCAAGCUGAAACGUUUCCUCACUACCCUGCAGCAGUUUGGCAAUGACAUUUCACCAGAGAUCGGAGAGAGAGUCCGCACCCUUGUACUGGGAUUGGUGAACUCUACUUUGACAAUUGAAGAAUUUCAUUCCAAACUGCAAGAAGCUACUAACUUCCCACUGCGACCUUUUGUCAUCCCAUUUUUGAAGGCCAACUUGCCCCUGCUGCAGCGCGAGCUCCUUCACUGCGCAAGACUGGCCAAACAAAACCCUGCCCAGUACCUCGCCCAGCAUGAACAGCUGCUUCUGGAUGCCAGCACCACCUCACCUGUUGACUCCUCAGAGCUGCUUCUCGAUGUGAACGAAAACGGGAAGAGGCGAACUCCAGACAGAACCAAAGAAAAUGGCUUUGACAGAGAGCCUUUGCACUCAGAGCAUCCAAGCAAGCGGCCAUGCACUAUUAGCCCAGGCCAGCGGUACAGUCCAAAUAACGGCUUAUCCUACCAGCCAAACGGCCUGCCUCACCCCACCCCACCUCCACCCCAGCAUUACCGUUUGGAUGAUAUGGCCAUUGCCCACCACUACAGGGACUCCUAUCGACACCCCAGCCACAGGGACCUCAGGGACAGAAACAGACCUAUGGGGUUGCAUGGCACACGUCAAGAAGAAAUGAUUGAUCACAGACUAACAGACAGAGAAUGGGCAGAAGAAUGGAAACAUCUUGACCAUCUGUUAAACUGCAUAAUGGACAUGGUAGAAAAAACAAGGCGAUCUCUCACCGUACUAAGGCGAUGUCAGGAAGCAGACCGGGAGGAACUGAAUUACUGGAUCCGGCGGUACAGUGACGCUGAGGACUUAAAAAAGGGCGGCAGCAGUAGCAGCAGCCACUCCAGGCAGCAGAGUCCCGUGAACCCGGACCCAGUUGCAUUAGAUGCGCAUCGGGAAUUCCUUCACAGGCCUGCGUCUGGAUACGUGCCAGAGGAGAUCUGGAAGAAAGCUGAGGAGGCUGUCAAUGAGGUGAAGCGCCAGGCGAUGACCGAGCUGCAGAAGGCUGUGUCGGAGGCGGAACGGAAAGCCCACGACAUGAUCACGACUGAGCGAGCCAAGAUGGAGCGCACGGUGGCCGAGGCCAAGCGGCAGGCCGCGGAGGACGCGCUGGCGGUUAUCAAUCAGCAGGAGGACUCGAGUGAGAGUUGCUGGAAUUGUGGCCGUAAAGCAAGUGAAACCUGCAGCGGCUGUAACACAGCCCGAUACUGUGGCUCAUUUUGCCAGCACAAAGACUGGGAGAAGCACCACCACAUCUGUGGACAGACCCUGCAGGCCCAACAGCAGGGAGACACGCCUGCUGUCAGCUCCUCCGUCACGCCCAGCAGCGGGGCCGGGAGCCCGAUGGACACACCACCAGCAGCCACCCCGCGGUCAACCACCCCGGGAACCCCUUCCACCAUAGAGACAACCCCUCGCUAGAUGUGAACUCAGAACUGUCAGAGGAAAAACAACACAACCAACAUGAAACCAAUUCCUCAUCCUCAGAUGCUCAAAGUUGUUGUUUUGUUUGUUUGUUUAUAGAUGAACUAUCCUAUUUCAGUACUUCAGCAAGAGAGAACCUAACUGUAUCUUAAGGUGGUAGGAGAACACAGAGGGCCAGUAACGGGUCGUAAUGACUUAUUGUGGAUAACAAAGAUAUCUUUUCUUUAGAGAACUGAAAAGAGCAGAGAAUAUAACACGAAAUGCGAGAUUUGACCUCCUCCCUGUUAUUUUCAAGUAGCUGGGAUUUUAAACUAGAUGACCUCAUUAACCGAUGCUUUACCAAACAGCAGACCAAGAGAUUGCUAAUUGCUGUUGAAAGCAAAAAUGCUAAUAUUAAAAGUCACAAUGUUCUUUAUAUACAAUAAUGGAAAAAAAAAAAAAAGAGGAAAACCCUCAAGGGCAUGAGCAUUGGAUACAGCAGUAGACAUUUUAACAAGAAGAUGAAUGGCGUCCGUGGGUUGCUAACUGAACUUUGAAGACCCGCUACAAAACGCGCAGAUGUGCAGCAGAUUGGAAGGAGACACAGAUGUUCGUUUUUUUUCCCCCAUUUCUGAAAAGAAAUAAUAAUAUCCAGGUCAACAGAAUGAAAAAUGAAAGAUGAUUUGCAGUGGGAUGUAUGAAUACAGCAGCAAGAAAAAAAAUGCCAUAAUACAAAAGGCUCCUUUUUAUACACAUCCAUACACACACACACACACACACGCACACGCGCACACACACAGAAGUAAGAGACUCAGCCUGCAGUUAAUUAGCAUUCUGGCAGCUUUGACAUCAACCAGCUGCCCUAAAUAACCCUUCAACGUUUCUUCACUUUUGCAAGGUUCCACAGAGUAAGACAUUGGGUCUAUUCCAGCUCAUUCAUUUUAUAUUGAAAAAUAAUUUUUAAAAAAUGGUGGCUCCAGCUCCAGCCCCUUUCCAAAAUUUUUCAACCCCACCCUGUUUGGAUUUUUAAUUAAAAAAACUAGUAGUUCUCUUGGUGUUAAAACACUUCUGUCCUGUGAGGUUUCCCAAUGGUGUUUUUCUUGUAAAUGUGUUGGACAAAUGUGAAGAUGCAUUGUAGUUUAACCAUAUGCCCACAUUUAGUCUCUUUAUUCCUAGUUGGUGAGAAACCUGUAUCUUUCUAUGCUGCUUUUAUAUCUGUAUGUAUUAGUGAUAUUUCUCUAGUAGUUAAAAAAAAAGAAAAAGAAAAAAAAAGACUCUUUUUGGUUGUCCUCAAGAAAAGAAAAGGAAAAAAAAGCUAUCUUUCGGAGCUGCUAUUUCACUCUCUUAUAGGAUUUUUUUUUCCUGAAAACCAGCAUGCUUCACGGAAUGCUAACAUAUUGGUGUUUUUGUAAGAGGGAUGUACAUAAAUGUAUUUUGCACUGUCACAAUGACUCCCUAGGCAUGCUUUUUUUUUUUUUUUUGAGCAAACUCUUUUUAAAUAUGCUAGAGCCAUUUCACCAAUUUUAGCUGUAGCAUAGAGUAGUAGUGGAUUUUUUCUUUUUUUGGAAAAAUCAUUAUUAGGGACUUUUUUAAAAAAAUAAAAUAACAAGAUAUCCUACUUUUUAAAAAAAAGGACAGUGCAUGCAUAUUGCUGUAAGGUCGUUUAAGUAUUUCUAAUUUUACAAAAAAUAAAAAAUCAUUAGAGCUCCAAAUGCUGAGGUGUAGACUGACAGCUUUAACACUGCUGAAUGCCAGGUUAUACAGUAUUCUUACAAAAAGGGAAGUCAGCCAAAGACUGAUCUGAUGGACCAAAAUCGGAAUUUUGAAAAGCACCAGUACUACUUUCCAAAUGAUCAGCAGGUUAAACAUGUUCAGCAAGGUAUAGUGUGAAUCCAUUAACCCUUCGUUGUCCAGGGUCCAGACCAGAACUACUUGUUAGUUUUGAAACCAGUAGCCCAGGAUGUGGUUGUGUGCUUUAGGAAAGUCAGCAGUGCUGCAGGCUGUGUAGACAACCAAAGUUUAUAAGGCUGGGAAGACACUUCUCCACAUACAUAUACACCAGGCAUUUCUUUAAAAACCGGAAAUGGUCCAUUAGCUCGUGGGGGGUGGGGUGGGGGAGGGUGUUAAUGUAGCCCUUGGAUACAGUUUUAAGUGGCUUUUAAGUACCUGCAUAGAGGCAAUCCUCAAUUGAUUUGCUUUCCGUCUCUUAAAUCUAAAAUGUUUUAAAGCAUUUCUCCCCAUAUUUGCAUAUACAAGUUGGUUUUAAUUUUAUUUGGAUGGUGUUAAUUUUUUAAUGGCUUUUUAGUUUAGAAAGUUCUGAUGAGCAAAUAAAUACAUCUAUCUGCAUGUUGGAAGUCCAUCUGCCAGCACACCUGCUUAACGUGAAAUGAAAGCACAUAACCAGGCUCUGAAUGGGUUAUAUUUUAUCAUGGUGCUCCCAGAAUCCUUUGACCUCACUCUGCUUUCUAGUCUGCUUGUGACACUGGACAGUCCUUUCUUACAGAGCUAUUAUAUGUUCUAGGCUACGAAGGGUUAAAUAAUCCCAAAAAUGAGGUAUG